CUACAAACUUUUCUUUUGCAGCUUAGCUUCUUUUCCCAUCUUAGUGAAAACCAACAAAAUCAAACCAAUAUUGGGGUCCUCAUUCUACGGUGGGGACCACCCCUUUUGAAUCUUUUACCUCCACGUAUACACAUACACAUUAACACACACUCUUAGAGAUAUUUAUAUAUUAUAUAUGCAUCAUAGGUGAGGAUUGUUUUGGUUUAGGAUGACGCAAGUGUGGUGCGUUUUCGGCACUUUUGCUGUUGACGGAUGGUCCACGGUUUGCUCCAUUAAUUGGUUUUAUUUUCAUGCAUGUGGUGGUGCCGUGACGUGACCAUAUAGCAUUUUCAACCAGUCAAGUCGGUUCCAGUGCUUCUUAUUCUCUCUAGAGUUAGAAAUUACGGAACCAACUUGCCAAGUAGGUUACCAGUACCCUUUUUGGCUACUUAUAAUACCACAUUAGAGGAGCAAGUUGGUUUGUUUGAAUCAGACUUUAUAACAGUGACAGCAUUAUGUUUCCAAUGUACAUAGCUAGAGCGCGCUGUAGAAUUUUAUUACCAUAUAACGUGCCGGGUUUUCAUUAUCAUUUGACUAGUGCUGGUAUAGCCUAGAGUUAGUACUUUGUUAUUAUUCACUUAUCAUUGACUUGCAAAACUACCUUAAGUUGCAUUUUUUAAACAAGUAAAAGUUAAUGUGCUGUGAAAAUGAAAAUCUUCUUUGAUUUGGGACGUGAAGAGCAGCAGUGGCAAUGUGGCAACAUGUUCCACAUUCCGCGGUUUAGGUAAUAAUGUUCACAAAAGAUGCCUAGCACAGAAGGGAAUGCUAUAUUCGUAUCUUGGUGUGUGGCCCAUCCUUGAAUUCUUGUCGUCCCAAAAGUUUUCUAUUAUGUCCAUAUGCAGCAUGUAUAGAUACUUAUUAUGGGAGAAAAUAUAUCAUUUGCGAAGUGUUUUUGUCAGAAAAAUGUGUUUGCAUUUCUUAAGGUUCUCAAUAGAAUAUUGGUAGUAGUAGGUCCUCCACAAGUAGAAUAACGGUUAGGCUUAGUAGCCGUAUAACGGUCAUGGUGGAUUGAUGAGUCAUUAUGAUGUUGUUAAGGUGUUGUAAUGGCAAUUAUUGGUUAAUGAACAGUCACUAGGAAGAGAACGGUUUUAUGUGAGUGAAAGAAAGUAGGUUCACUGUUACUAUUUGCUAAUGAGUGCACCUAUCAAUUCUUUUUCUCCUGUAUAUAUUUUCAUACUAGUUGCCCUCAUCUUCAUGCUUAAUAUUAAGCUAGGCACUAACCCCUUUUAAAAAGAUGGGGAACUUUGGUUGAAAUAUCAUUAGACUUGUAUUUGAGGCAUGUUCUGAUGCCCAUUUUGAACCAUAUGUUUCUGAUUUGUGUGAAAAUGUUGACAAGUAAUAUUUGGAUAGAUAUUGUUGGAGAUUUGUGCAAACAGGAAAUGCUUUCCAUUGGGGGUACAUAGUUGAUAGUAGGAUAUAUAUAAGGUUCCUAUAAUGGACUUUCAUGUUCACUGCUGUUGUUGUCAUCCACUUGUAUCCUAUGCCCAAGUACACUCUCCACCAUACCAGCUGUAAAGCUAUUGCACGAUGCUUCGAAAAUGACACAAAUCUGAAACCUUAGACUCCAUCUAGUUUCAUCCAAACAUAUUUUUUAGUUCUUGUUUCUGAACAUCCCAACUAAGUUUCCCUACUCUUCCCAUGUAAGCCAUUUCACAAACACUUCUGCUGCAAUGUUCUGUUGAAAUCUUAGUGGAUGUGGGGAAGGGGUGGUCCAAUAUCACUAAACUAAAAGGGCUUUGAAAGUGGGAAACUUUAAUUGUAUUUUCUUCUUCUGGCAAGUUGAGAAAUGUUUCUCAGUAUAUAAUUAUUUGUUCAUCAACUGCAUCACCGGAUGAUACGAUUAUAUUGGAUUUUUAAAAGGGAAUAUGUAAAGGAGAGAUCUACAUUGUUAGCUGUAGGGGAAAGUACAGCACUCAGGUGUUUUGAAAGCAUUAACACAUUCUUAAGCACUAAAAAUAUUUUUUUAAACGCUUCCCCAUCAGAUGCUACCCAAUUCAAGUGUCAUUGGUCAAAUCCAUAGAUGCAGAAUGUGUCACUAUUCAAGAAUCUCAAUUUUUCUAAAAGUUUGAGAUAUUCUGAUAAAGUGGCAUGAUCUGUAAAAGUAGGUUUACAUGAAGGUGUAGUGUUGACCAAGUACACGUAUGUAUAAUGCAACUUUUGAAAAAUAUACGAUACAGUUAUAUUCGUUUUGAAAUAAUUUUAAUGCACUUUUAUGUAACAGUAUUCUGAUGGCACGUCUCACGUCUAAAUUUAUCUUUUGGUGGCGUGUUACGGUAAAACAUUUUAUAAAUCAAUCUUAAAAUAAUUGCUCUAUUGAAAGUAACUUCUCUCGCCAUUUGAGAGUGUUCAUCUGCAGCUAGAUAGACAUGUGAUUAUCUUUCUUAGUUUUUCGUCCAAGAAGGACUUGUCUGUUUAUCAAAUGUCACUUGUCAUAAAUUUCUUAAAGGAUAUGGUACUGAAGUUUUCAGGUUCUUACAAGCAGUGCAGACCUUGCACAGGGUCCAGUACCUACAAGAAAGGACAGAGGCCAUAUCCCGACUUUGACACCAUUUCAGAAGGGGUUCCAUACCCCUAUAUUGGAGGAGCAAGCUCAGCUUCAACCCCUGCUUGGGACUUCACAAGCUCCUAUUUACCUGGUGGUAGACCAGACCAAAGAUUUAUGGGUGGAUUGAAUGGUGAUAGGACCUCUAGAGGGCCAGAGUCAGCACCAGCAUGUGAUGUAGUUGUUGAGGAAGAGGAUGAAACCAAGGAAUGGAUGGCACAGGUGGAGCCAGGGGUUCACAUUACCUUUGUUUCUCUCCCUAAUGGGGGAAAUGAUCUCAAAAGAAUUCGCUUCAGCCGAGAGAUUUUUGACAAGUGGCAAGCUCAAAAAUGGUGGGGUGAGAAUUAUGACAGAAUCAUGGAGCUUUACAAUGUCCAGAGAUUCAAUCGACAAGCUCUUAACACUCCUUCCAGAUCUGAGGAUGAGCAAAGAGAUUCUUCAUACUCAAGACUGACAUCUGGACAAGAAAGCCCGGGGUCGAUGUCGUUGAAGGAAUGGACACCAAGGAAUCACUAUAAACCCUCAUUGAAUAACCAAUCUGAAGCCAUGGAUCAAGUUGGUGGUCAAAACUUCCCAGCAGGGUCAUCUGUGGAAGCAUCAAGGACAACCACUUCUUCUAGAGAUGAGCCUUCAAUGAGCAAUGCCAGUGACCUGGAGGCAGAAUGGAUAGAGCAAGAUGAACCUGGAGUGUACAUUACGAUCCGACAACUAGCUGAUGGAACAAAGGAGCUGCGUCGUGUCAGAUUCAGCCGGGAGAGAUUUGGGGAGGGGCAUGCAAAGAAAUGGUGGGAAGACAACAGAGAAAGAAUACAAGCUCAAUACCUUUGACGUGUGGUGGCCUUGAAGAGAAUGUCCCAAGCGGGUAGAAUCCUCAAUUUUGUUUCCUAGAGAUUGUAGUGUAGUUGACUCCAGUUCAUAAGUGGAGUUCUAUGAAGUUGUUGAUACUCUCAAACAAUGCAAGUCCCGCAUUGCAUGGUAUUGGAAACUAUAGGCUACCUGGACAACCUAUGUAGAACGAAGUUUACAGAACAAAAGAGUUGUUUCACAUUUGAAUCAGAGGUGAGGCGAGUCAUGAUGUUUUAUUUCAAGAUUUAAGGUGCUUGUUAAUAUGUUAUUUUCCCAUCUUAUGGGUGGAUAGUCUAUCUUGAUUCCAGCAACCUGGUAACUAUUCUAGAUCAUGAAAAGUGAGCAUUUGUACAAAAAGAAAGACAUUUGGAAAUUGGAUCUGAUUUGUAAGCAACAUUUGCAAUAUGGUCUAUACUAAUCCUGCAGAUUGGAUCUGGUUUUU